AUGCCCAGUUCCGACGCUCUAGCCGAAAACAUGAAGCGGUGGCCAGAACUGUUUUCUCAAUCCAAAUCAUCGGCUUUCAAGAUCUUCCUAAGACGCUUCAAGAUGCUGCUAUGGUGGUGCGGUUCCUUGGUCUACGUACAAGAUGACACAGCAGACUGGGAAAAAGAAUCGGCUGUCAUGGCCGACAUCUACUCAGGAUCAUACAUUAACAUUGCUGCAUCCAACGCUUCACAUUGCGGAGCAGGCUUCCUAGGACCACGGAAGAUGCCAAUGACUGAACGUAUUGAAAUCCACGAUAGCGAAGGUGAUCUAGAAGUAUAUCUCGUCGCUCAACAGACCCGCAACUACGCACUACCAAGCGAUCCCCUCGAAACACGAGCCUGGGUCCUCCAAGAACAACUCCUACCAUCCCGCUCCCUUCAUUUCGGCAGCGCCAACAUGUUCUGGCGCUGUCCCGACGGCAUCUCGCAUGAAGAGCAAAGGCGAGGCUGGACACACCUCUACACCCUCGACGCCGUAGUCUACAGCAUCAACCUCCCCAUCGGUGCCGCCAUCGGCCUAGACGCAUGGUUCCAACUUGUCCGCGACUACACCGCCCGCGGGAUAACAUACCCCAAAGACAAAUUCCCUGCCAUAUCAGGCGUCAUGACAGUCUUGCAGCGUAUGACUGGCGACGUCUGCGCUGCGGGACUGUGGAAGCGGAAUUUCGCCAAGUGGCUCCUCUGUAUGCGCACCACAAAAGAGCAGCCACUGCACCAGCUACAACGGGUCAGCCUACCAGAUCUGAGCCAGCUCCGUACUAUCGGCAGAGCUACAUACGCCAUCGGUCUGGAUGCCCUCAAAGACGAACAUAAGAACGCGAAACAAUUCGCUCAGAACUGGAAUCCAACAAGCUUUCCCAAACCGAAAGACUGGACAAACGACGAUUUUCGCUCAGCGAUACAGCACUGGAAUUUUGAUCGCAAUAAGAAGAACACACCUGAAGCUAUUGAUGAAGCAGAAGCGGCACUGCGUAAACGCGGUGCUCUCUCGCCGACACAAGAUGUCCUCGACUUCAUCACCGACCGUGCAACUCGCAAACGUGCUCUCACGUACCACGCUUUCGAAGACCAGGUCCGCAACCAGCCAAAUCAUCUAUUUCUUAUCUUCGAAGGCAAAACCUGGUCAUACAAGGAGUUCUUUGAUGCAUUCACCAGGGUGGGGAAUUGGUUGAUAGAGGACCUGGGCAUACAAGCUGAUGAGGUGGUUGCUGUGGAUGGCGGGAACAGCCCGGAGUAUCUGAUGCUCUGGUUUGCUCUCGAUGGGAUUGGAGCUGUUCCGAGCUUCGUCAACUGGAACCUCACUGGGACAGGAUUGGUGCAUUGCGCAAGGCUAUGCAACUGCAGAUUCCUCAUCGCAGACGCCGAUGUCAAGAGCAAUGUCGAGCCAUGCCGUACGGAUCUCGAGGAGACCGGCAUUAAGAUCCAGUACUACAAUCCCUCGUUCUUCGCGUCGCUACCGAACCCGACUCUUAUACCAGACUCGCGUCGCGAACACAUUACUGUAGAGUCCCUCCGCUCGCUGCUGUAUACUUCCGGAACGACCGGACUGCCUAAAGGUGUGACUUUGAGCACUGGUCGCGAGCUCUUGACUGGCUACAGCGCCGCCAAAUAUCUCGAACUGAACCCGGCAUCUAGAAUGUACACAUGCAUGCCUCUCUAUCACGGGGCUGCGCAUGGCCUUUGCGUUACACCGAUGGUUCAUGCUGGCGGUACAGUCGUAUUGAGCCGGAGGUUUUCGCACAAGACCUUCUGGCCUGAAGUCGCAGCUUCAGAUGCGGAUAUCAUUCAGUAUGUCGGCGAGCUCUGCAGGUAUCUACUCAACGGCCCGACGAAUGCAUUCGAGCGGAAACACAAAGUAAAGAUGGCAUGGGGCAACGGCAUGCGCCCUGACGUAUGGGAACCCUUUCGCGAGCGUUUCAACAUACCCAUUAUCAACGAAUUAUACGCGGCUACCGAUGGAUUAGGGGCGACAUUCAAUCGUAACGCUGGUCCCUUCACGGCGAAUAGCAUUGGUCUCCGAGGGCUGAUCUGGAAUUGGCGGUUCGGCGACCAGGAAGUGAGGGUGAAGAUGGAUGUUGAUACGGAAGAGAUCAUGAGAGAUGCAAACGGCUUUGCAAUCAGAUGUGGAGUGAACGAGCCGGGCCAAGUGCUGCAUAGAUUAACACCGGAGACGGUGGCUACUUCGCCAGGCUACUACAAGAACGAAGGCGCCACAGAGAGUAGGAGAAUUAGGGAUGUGUUCGAGAAGGGCGAUAUAUGGUUCAAGUCCGGCGACAUGAUGCGACAAGAUGCCGACGGCCGCGUCUUCUUCGUCGACCGUCUAGGUGAUACAUUCCGUUGGAAGUCAGAAAACGUAUCGACAAACGAAGUAGCCGACAUGCUCGGAAAGUUCCCACAGAUCGCUGAAACGAACGCAUACGGCGUCCUUGUGCCUGGCUACGACGGCCGAGCGGGGACUGCAUCUAUCGUUAUGGCAGAUGGAGUCACAGAGUCAACAUUCGACUUCGCAGCUCUGGCAAAGCACGCGAAAGCGGUCUUACCGAGUUAUGCAGUGCCGCUGUUUCUAAGAGUGACGCCUGCAUUAGAGUAUACGGGUACUUUAAAGAUUCAAAAGGGUAGGUUGAAGAAGGAGGGUGUUGAUCCGGAUAAGAUCACUGGAGAGGAUAGGCUGUACUGGCUACCGGAGGGUAGUGAUCGGUAUCUCCCAUUCACGAAGAAGGAUUGGGAGGCUGUAGUAGAGAAGAGGGUACGAUUGUCAUAG